AUACUCGCAUACUCUCCUAAAAGGCUUGCUAUACACGUAAAAUUGCUCCAGGAUUAAUUACAUGGUAUUACUACGGGAUUAUGAUUAGGUGAUAUUAAUUUUAGCAUGUUGUUUUGAGCGAAGUGGAGAGGGAAGUGAACGAAUGGAAGUGGUGGCGGGGCUGCGGGGCGACCCUGAUCAGGACGACGACCAGAAGAAAAUGGAGGACCCACAACCCCUCAGUACUGAUAUAUGUAUAGGCCAAAAACUCGUAGUGACGGUGGAAGAUGCCAAUCCCGACCUGCUCCUUGUCUCCUAUGAACAUGGCACUCGAGUCUUUCAGGGAGUUUUGCUCGAUUCAACGAAAGGGAGGGUCCCAUGUGGUGUGUACCCACCAGGAGGGCAGUUCCCUCCUCCACCCCCAACUGAUGCCGCCCAGCCCCUUGAAGGUGAAGACAAACUGUUCUCAGUGCGGCAGCGACACACUUACUUCCAGCAGGACACUACAGCCCCAGGUGAUCCCGGGGCCAAAGCCAAAAAGGGUCUUCAGCUGAGACAGUCAAUAUCUCUGACGCAACGCUUCAAAAAUUCCCGAAUGACUGUGCGGUUAAGGCCGAGACAAGUGUUGUGUUCCAAGUGCCAGUCUAUCUGUAAUGAAAAAUCAGAAAAUGUGAGCGGGGCGAAGGGGCAGCGAGCCACAGAACCCCCAGCUCCUGCCAAGCCGGGGACUGAGUCUCGCAGCAGAAGCUUGCGUGACAGAAAUGGUCAGGAACACCAAGCUGGUUCUUCCUCUAAAAAGUCAGCUGACAGACGUUUGGUGCCUAAAUUAGUGAAACUUAAGCCAAGUGAAAUAGAAGCUGCAACCAAUAAGGGUGUUAGCUGUUUACGGAAAAAUUCAGGAAGCAGAAAUUCACGCAAUAACUGUGAUGCUGAAGUAGAAGAUGCUGAGGUGGUUGUAGGUACAGCAGCCGCAUACUCUGUGUCUGGCACUGACCUAGCACCAGAUGGAAGGGUGCCAAAAUUGAAACUCUCCACCAACUUGUGUUUAUCAGACUCGAGUGAUACCAAGCGGAAAGGCCGCAUUCCCAAAAUGACCAUAUCAACCCUGAACCUUGCGCUGCCCCCGAGUGAAACCUCAAAAGAAUAUGUGGAAAAUGAAAGUGGUGAAGUGAAAAACCAAGGGAUACCAAAAAUGAUUCUCUCCACAGUGGGUCUUGUGGGAGAGUCAGGUGGUGAGAAGAAAGACAAGGAAAGCAGCAGUAAGAACAGGAAACAAACCGAAUCAAGUGAAUCUCAGAUGGACAGUAAAGAGCUCAGGUUAAGGUCAGGCAAUGUGCACAAGCUGACGAUUUCCGCAGCUGCGCAUCAAGAGUUUGGGGAGAGUGUUGAGGAUCGUGUGUCCUCCCUGCCAAAGCUAACAAUUCUUCCAGUUGUCCCAAAGAAAGAUGAGCAAGAGGAGAUGGAGGGCGUGGAUGCCAAACACCACAAAUUAGGUAAGUUUUCUAUGGAUGAGCUGCAGCCAGAGAAAAUGAGUUUAAGGAAAAAGAGAUCCCUGGGUUCCAUGGAGGACUUGUGGGAUGAAAGUGUGUUUGACGAGGCAUCUAAAAAGCACAAGAGAGAGGAGACAGAGGGUGGCGGAGCAGAGAGGGAUGAUGGCCAGUGCCAGAUAACAGGGGAGGACAAGGAAGGGCCAGAGGAGGACAAGAGGAAAGCCACACCAGUCCUCAAGAUAUCCUUUGGUCCUGAGGGGAAGGGUACUGUGCUCAAGAUUCCCUCCAAGAGUACUGUGGUAACCAUGAACACCUCUGAAGGUGACACAGAGGAGGAGAUGAACAAGAAAUAUAAAGACAUGAGUGCCAAAGCUGCCAAAAAAGCAUUGAAGAAGGCCAAAAAGGAGGCACAGAAAAAGACAGUGCUUGGUGGGGCAUCACCAGCCUACAUGGUAGGGGGGAUGUCGCCAAGGUUUGGGGGAAUGUCACCCCUGAGGCUUGGGGGAAUGUCUCCAGCCAGACUAGGGGGAUUUUCUCCUGCAAGGUUUGGCGGCACCUCCCCGGCACGGUUUGGGGGAAUGUCCCCGGCCAGAGCGGCGGCUGUUGAUCUCUCCACACGAGACUUGCCUCCCAAGAAGCACAAACACAAAGUGAAGCAUAAAAAGAAGCACAAAGAUGAACGGCGCCAUAAAUCACCAGAUGAGAUGAAGGACCAGGUUGAAGUGCAGGAUGAACAGAAAGACACAGUUGUGCUUGACUCUGCAGAUGCAGACAUUCCCGUUGAGAACAUCACCCCUGAACUUCAGUGGAAUUCCUCUGAGAGAGCAGAGUAUCCCGCCACCACAUCACCUCAUGGCCUCAACCAUCCCCCAAUAGUCAACUCUCAAGCAGCAGUGGCCAGUCCAGGCAUCCCCCUUCAGCCCUCACGACACAAGCUCUCCAUUUCCAUCAAGAGAGUGAGCAACGCAAGCUACGUGGCAUGUGACUCUAGCCAUUCUGAUGGGGAGAGAACCUCCACCCCUACCAACCUCAUGCAGUUCAGUGAGGAGGAACCAACAGACAAGCCACAUGAGGCAGACAGUUUCCAAGAUCCCACCCUCACCCUCACCACAGAGACAGAGGAGUAUGGGAAGCUGGCACCGCUGGAGAUGCCAGAGUCUUACAAGGUGGAGGGUGCCAGGCUGGACCACCCGGCACUGGAGGCACAGGAUGAACAGAACCAGCAGCUAUUACCACCAUCAUUUGGGAUGGAGACGCCCGAGCCUUCCCUCCCUGGCAGCGACUCCCCAAGCAGCGACGACACUUGUAACGGGGCCAUUCCGGACUUCCCGAGCAGCGCGCCAAACAUCGGAGGAAUGGAGGAGGAGGAGCAGAGUGCAGCCCUUCUGAUGAAGUUAAGCUGGAAGGAGGUGGACCGGUGUGAGGUGGACAAGGGGAGAGUGAUGGCGGUGGGGGACGUUGUGUGGGGCAAGAUCCAUGGCUUUCCUUGGUGGCCAGCCAAGGUGAUGGCCAUCCGUGUGUUGCGGGAGAGGAAUGGUGAUGCCCGGUGUCAACAGGCACAUGUCAGCUGGUAUGGCUCCUCCACCUCCUCCCUCAUGCCAGCCAACACUCUGCAGCCAUUCCUCCAAAUGUUUAAGAUGCGGUAUAACAAGAAGAAACGAGGACCCUACAGGGAAGCCAUCAAGCAGGCCACAUGUGAGGCAGAGCAGACCCCAACCAGUGACCUGCAGCAUCCUGAAGUGAUUGCAGGCGAGCCACAGCCACAGCCACAGCCACAGCAGCACCAGGCACCGGAGAACCUGCUGGGGGCGUCACCAAGGGAGGUGGAUGUGGUUAGUUGAGACGGAUGGUGAGGUGAGGUGACGCAGGAAUGUGGCUGAGCUUUAAAAGGUACUGCUUGUCUUAAUGUUAUGGAACAGUUGUCUUUAUUGCUGUGUAGUGAAGGAGCAGCAGCUAGGUGGUGGUGAGCUGCAAUGGUGUGGCUGACCAGUGCCACAGCCAGUGAUUAUCAUGUGUUCAGUAAUAUUUACUGGAUUUAUUGUUUAUAAUACCUAAUUUAAAGAGAAAAUUUGGUGCUGUUGAUAAUGCAGAAAUUUGAUGUUGUACUUAGUUAGGAUGUGAAUAAGAGUGAGGCUGAUAGGGGCAGGUGUGCACAUGCCCAUGAAAAGUGCAUAGGGAACAGUGACUGCAGCAGAGAUGCUGCAAUGGAAAAUUAUUCUCCUUAGUGUAAAUUUAUACAGUUUGUAUAAAAUACUUUAUAAAUAUUAACAUUAGACAGAUAUGAAAUAUGAAAUUGGUGCUUAGAAAUGUCAAAAAAAAUUUUAAUGGCCAAAAUCUUAUCAGAUGAAUUAUGUUAUUUAUGUCUUUUCACCAUAAUAGGAGUUAUGGUGUCACUCACUGAGUAAAACUCUUCCCAAUUUGCUAUGGGCAACCCUUAACUGUCCCUUGCAUCAGUCUGCCAUCCUGCCGCCCAGUGUUGCCUUGCACCUUCUGUGGUGGGCUCAGUGGAAGCAUCAUUAAAUACAAUGUGAGCUUGCCUGUUGAUAAGUAAAAGCUAACUUGUUCAGAUGUGCAUGUGCAGCCCACAAAAAUUAUGCUUUGCCCCAUUUCUGAUCAGUGGAGUGUGAUUUGAAAACCAAAGCACAAGAAGAAAGGGCAUUUGCAUUCACAUUUGUGAUAUUGUGAGCAUCAGUGUUGAUGGAGAGGCAGCUUAAUGAAUGGAACUCUCUCCACCAUUUGUUAUAAUGGUGUGACUCUACCACAGGUUCACACAUUUCAUACAGCAGCUUUUCUAUAUAAACUGUCAUUGGGGCAGAUACUUCUUGUUUUGUUUGUCUUUCAGUAAGUAAGAAUAAUUCUCUCUCUCUCUCUCUCUCUCUCUCUCUCUCUCUCUCUCUCUCUCUCUCUCUCUCUCUCUCUCUCUCUCUCUCUCUCUCUCUCUCUGGUAUUUCCGUAACAAGUGGUUAUUCAUUUAUACAGACACAUUAUUUCAGCAUCCUUGUUUAUUUUUUUGUUACCAUGACAGCACACUAAGUAUUGUUGACAUAUUCACAGAGUUCUGCAGCUGAACAGUUCAUGGGCCUUCAGGGCUGUCAGCAUUUAGAACAGAUUAUUAAUAUUUACCAUGAUUAAUUAUUGCCAAAAAUCCAUAAUAAGACUGGUGAAGGAUUGAAGAUAAAUCCGUAGCGGUUGAUAGCCAAAACACACACACACACACACACACACACACACACACACACACACACACACACACACACACACACACACACACACACACACACACACACACACACACACACACACACAGACUGUAAACAGUAUAUUCUCAGGUAUGCUUUUGAGUUGGGAAGUAAAGAUUGAAUCAUUAAGGGAAUAUAUUUUCAUAAUCUAAACUUUUUGGGGUUUUUGAAGAAUAAGCCGUAUUAGAUUAAAAACUUAAAGAAAGCAUGAAAAGAUGUGAAAGGAUUGACAUGAAUUGUGCAAAAUUGAGAAAAAUGAAUUGGAGGCGUUUUGUUAGUAACUCUUUGGUGAAGACUUGUCAUGCAGACGCUGUUUAAGAAAUGGUACAGAUAAGGAGACACUGCUUGUAUUUCUUCAUGUAAUUCAGUUUCAUGUGAGCCAAAGAAGAAUGUUUGUAUAAAUGUUUUUGAGAUUCUGUUAAAUUGUUUCUGGAAUGUCAUUGUCAUUGCAUUUUUUGUGUAAAAGUGAAAUUUAUGAAUUCCAUAUUUAUGUUUAUGAAUUGUUUUCAGUGUAUUGAGCAGCCUGAUUUUUUUAAUGUGCCAGCCCACCUCUUUGAGAGGCAGUCAGUUGUACAAUAUAUGAAUUGAUUUUCUUGUUGGUAACAUCAUCAUUCUAGAAGUCACUACUCUGUAAUGUAUUCCAAGUUUGUCUCCAUAUUAUCAGAUAUGCGUUAGAAAAUAUAUAGAGACUUUUAAUGACAGCAAAGUCAAUAAUGAUAGCUAUGUCAAAAGAAGACUCAUUAUACAUGUAUCAGAAGAUCAUAACCAGUGUGUAACAUUUACUCAUGGCUCAUUGCUUGGUGCCAGGGGAUUCUGUCUCUUGUUAGUCAGUCUGGCAUUUCUGUACCUAAACUUAUAGCAUAAUGUGAUCCAUGUAAAUACUAGGAGUGUACGUCCCCAUUAGUGAGUGUGAAUAAGUGGAGGGAGAGGCAUCUGAAUCUCUCACUGUGCAUGCCAAACGUUCCCCCUCAAGAGCUUGAGUGCUCUUCAUGUGAUUGUGUGAGCCGGCUUGGCAAUGCCAGCGUCGGGCUGCAGCUGCAUUAUGCGUGUCAAGAUUUCACUUGUUCUUUGGGGUUACAACUCUAAGGCUGUAAUGGUUUGUGUGUUUUAAUACUGUGGAAUCUAGAGCAGGAGUGUUGCAGUCUGGAGUCACAAUGCAAGGUUAGGUGUAUAAUCAGUUACAAGCAGUGAUGACAGAAGGAAGCACGGCUAAAUGAAGCGCUGUGUGUCGUGUUGGCAGUGUAGAGUGUGAGGAACCGAACAAUUUGUUUAGAAUUAACAGCCAUUUAGAUUUGUACAUUGUAGCCAAAUGUUAUAUAGGAUCUUCCAUAUUUUUUUUAGUAAUGUAAAUAUGUCACUUUUUCACAUUAUUGUUGUAUACAUAUCAUAUAUAUUGUUUGUCCCAUUCUCUUAAAGACUAAGGUAGACUUCCUCCCCAUUCAUAUGUCAUUAUUUUCAGCUGACAAAACUUUGCAAGAUUUAAACAGUGAUGUAACAAGCAGGGUAUUAAUGCUAUAGACCUCAUUGUUGACAUACAAGCCUGGCUCCUGGCCUGAGUGUUAGUGCCCCUGUGCCCCUGUCACUCCCUGCCUCCUCUCCCUGCUUCCCCUAAGCCUCCCUUGAUGCUCCUCUGGGGUGAAAACUGGCCUCGUAGACUUGAAUAAUAAACUGUUUUGCCGUUUUCUAGUUGUGCUUGAGGUAAUGAUACAUGGCGUGUUGCUUCACUCAAGGCGUCCACAGUGAUGAUAGAAACUUGUCAGCAUUGUGGAUGUGCUAUAUAACCAUCACCAGGUCUACUGCAUGGCCACACACUCCUCACCCUUCACUGACCCCCAUCCCCUGCUACCCAAGGACCCACCCCACACCAAUCUACCCCCAGAGUAUAAAUGAGAAUAAUGCAUGUCUCCUUGGCACCACAGAAUGUCCCUUCCAUAUAUAUAUUCAAGCAAAUUUCCAAGUAUUUUUGUAUAGUUUUAAUACAGAAUCUCUCACAGCUGGGUUGCCAGGAGGCUGUGAGAUAUUGACAGGCCUGACUCGUUAAGGCAGGGUUAUCAUAGUCAUGCUUUACUAUUUCCUGGACACAAGCGCUUUGGUAGUUGGGAUGACUGUCGUCGUAAAGGCUUUCUUGCUAAAUAUUUUCUACCAUCUUGUGCUUGAAAGGUGUUCAUUGAUUGCAAGGAGAGACUCAGUUUUGUUUCUGUUCUAGUAUUUCAUCAUUAUGUAUUUUUUAGCAAAUUAUCAUAUGCAUCCACAUUCAUUUCUCUGACUUGCUGGAAAAUUGGGGAUAAUUUUCUGAUUUCAGUUCUGUGAAGUGUUAAAAGCAUGACUUAUGUAAGUAGUAAUGAGGAAUCAGUUUGCAAGAAAGCAGCUUAAAUAUUAACAGUGUGCAUUCAUUAUUUUCAUAUUAAGGAAUUCUCAGGUUUUUUGGGGAAGGGAACAACCAAAGAAUGGACUGGUUUUAUUAACUAAGACUGGUGUUAAAUUUUAGAUACCUAUUAGCUGCAGAAUGAGGCGAUAAAUAGUUUUAUGUUUGUAUGUGAACAUUUCCAACAGUGGAAACCGUUGCAUUUCUCACAGAAGCACUCAUGAAUGACUCUCCAGCACACAUCUCUUCUUUGUCAUUGUAACAUUUAAUAGAGAAUAUAUAUUUUUAAUACUGUACUACUCAUAACUUUGUUUUCCAUCAUAUACUGCACACAACCAUUUCAGAGUCUAAAUACUAGUAGAGAUUUAGUAUUGUUUAGUUUGAAGGCUGUUGAUAUUUAACAGUGACUCAUUUACCAGGAGUGUUAUGUAAUGCAGGAUGUUCUACUUCAACUUGCUUUUCAUGGAAGAAGCAGAAUGAUUUUUUUUCUUUGUUAUGGGUGACGAAGGAGGCUUAAAUACUAAGGAAAAGCCACUAUAUUAUUUUUGCAUGAAAACCUUCAUAAUUAUUUUUGUGUAAAUAUAUAUAUGAAUAUUAUACUUCUCAAUACAGUAUGGUUUUACUUUGAUAUCGUAUGUCUGUGUUAUUUGUUUGGUGAGUUCAGUGAUGUGUGAUCACAUCUACUGUACAUGUCGGAUGGAUCUGUUAAAACUGUGACUGGCAUGCAGUAGUGCAAUAGUGUGACUGACAGGAACAUGGUGAGCAGCAGUCUGGUACUACUUGAUUGGUGCUGACACGAUUGUGAUAGCCACAAGAAGUACAGUGAAAGUUGUGUCAGGUGUUCGAUGGCUUCUUAACUUUUUGGACCAGAAAUUAUACAUGUACCUUUACUUAUGUAUUAUUUACUCUCCAUCCCUGAUCUAAAAUUUUGAUGAUUUUGUCAAGUUAAAAAUGUAAAGAUUAUAGACUGUAUUCUCAAACAUUUUGGUGCCUUUGUUGACUACCUGUAGCAGGCUCCGGUGGAAGUUGUUGUGAGUUUUCAAAGGUGUUUUCAUAAUUCUUGUGAUGAUUUAACAGGAAUUCAGAUCUAUCAAUAAAAAAAGUAUCCUUGAGAACCAGACCAAUCACUUCUGUAGCCUUUGAAAAUAGUCAUUAUGACAACCCAGGUGUUUGAAAAUAUGAGUUGAUGUCUUUGGUCUCUUUUGUUUGCUGUAAAGAUUCGGAAUGUUAUAAUGCAGUUUUGAACCUUGCUUAAGGUGCGGCAGUGUUGGCAAACAAUCCUCCCUGCCCAUUGUACUGCCAAUGAAGGCUAUCUCCUUGAUAUAUGCGUACGUACAAUGUUGAAUAAGUUUUAAAGCCUGAAAUAUUACAUGUCUGCAAUGCCCAAUUAUUGUGUCUGAAUUCUCCAUGUUUUGUGUAUCAUUGUAUUGCCAGGUCAUGUUAAUCAAUGUUCUUUGUAGGUGAUCAAUAGUCCUGCCUCAACUGUCUCCCCUCAACUCUCGGAGCAGUCAAGAGUUGGCCGGGUUGUUGUGCCUCAUUGCAGCACGGGACAGGUCAUGUCUUCCAGUCUCUUUGCUCUUCCUCAUAAACAUCCUGUUAGGAGGUUGUGGAGCAGACAGGCACUGGCAGGAAAGGCAAUGUUAUGUUUUUAUCUAUUACUUUUUGUCAAGACUUGCAAGUGGCGGUGGUGUGAUGGUUCACAGCCCCGGAGUAGGGUGUGAGCUGAGGUGAUGGUGGAUGAGCAGGAUUUUGGAAUGUGGCCUCUAUGUUAAUCAGAACAAUUAUAAGUUACUGUUAUUCAGACCAAAGAGGAAUGUUGGAGUCAUAUGUUCGACUAUUGUGAUUUUGUGUACAUAGUAUAUAUUUCUUGGGACACGAAGUAUGUAGAUGCCAGACUAGUUUUUUAUUUUAUAUAUCUUUGAAGAUUUGACACUUCUAACAUAAUGACAAUGUACUUACUUAUGACAACAAAAUUUUUCCUUUCUAACUGUAAUACGCUCCAUCCAUUUCAUAUUCUAAAGAAAAAUAUUCAUAAACAUAUAUUAAGUAGUAAUGAGUAUUGUCCUUGUAAAUUCCUACAACCACUGUUAUUUUUUUGUUGAUGAAAACCAGUUCCUGCUCAGGCCGACAGCCACUGGUGCUCCUGUGGGAGUUACCAAGUUAGUUGUGAUGACUGGCUGGUUCAGUCAUGCUGGUGCAGUGUUCAGCUUGGUUCAUUCCACCACAUUGAAUAUUAUGCAAAACAAAACAUGUACUCCAUUACUGAUAUCCUACUUCAUCCCAGCAUCCUCAGGCAACAGUUUGGGUCAUCUGGAGACCAGCCACCCCAGCUGUUUCAGGGGUUGGUUAUGAUAGGUUAGGUUACCUGUGAUCUAACAAAUCUUGACUCAAUGUAACCCAUUCAUCAUGUGAUCCAUGUUUGCUUUCCAUUGCACAAUGUAUCAGGAGCAAUUCAGGUUGUUCUUCUUUCUUCAGGACCUUGAGUGGUAUGGGUGGUGGUGUGAUGGUGAAGUUUGAUGGCAGGGCAGUGAAGGCUGACUAAUAUUCACUCAUGCCUUGCUCACUUGACUCAAGUCCUGUUCUAACCAAGAGCCUUCUUUUUUAAUACUUUAUCUUGCAUCACAUUGUUACUCCCUUUACACUACCCCCUGAUUGAACAUAGCACCCAUGUAACUUCAACAAUUUUAUCCCCCAUCUCUUUUUCUCUCUCAAGAAUGCCAUAUGACUUCAUUCAUUCCAGCACACACUUUUACUCUAUAUUACUUUGAUAUGUUCAUGUCUGGCAUUUCUUCCUCACAGCUUAUGGCACAAGUGGAUGUUCUUAGCCUUGACUUCCCUGCCACUGUACAUGGGAGGUGAUUGUGUGUGUUGAGUGGAGAUGAAGCCUUUGUUUAUCCUUGAGGCUUUUGUAUUGGCAUCCCCAGACAGUGAUAGUUAGGGGAGGUUGAUGUGAAGGUGUUUAUUCAGAUAUUGGCUUCCUCUCAUAUUACUUCACAUUUCUUGCCUGCAGGAAAGGAUAUUGUACAUCUUGCUUGUGUGUGUGUGUGUGUGUGUGUGUGUGUGUGUGUGUGUGUGUGUGUGUGAAAGGUGUAUAUGUGUGUAAGAUCUCCACCUCUAUACUUGUCACUCAUUACAGCAUAUUCAGGAAUUUAUCAAGGCUUUGGGGAAUGUCGUUUACUGAAAUAUGAAACUUCAAAACACUGGAGAGAAAGCUGCUACUCCUCAGUCAUUCAAUAAAAAAUCAAUAAAAUUGUAUCAAGAAUUAAU